AUGGGGUCCCUCUUCGAACAGCCUCGUAAUGCUGGAACUCUGUUUCUGGGUGGAAGCAAGAUCAGCGGAUCGGAUAUCAGAGACCAGAAUGUUCUUGCUACCCAGGCUAUCGCAAAUGUUGUCAAGAGCUCCUUUGGCCCCAGCGGUCUCGACAAGAUGAUGGUGGACGAUAUCGGUGAUGUUACAGUUACAAACGAUGGAGCUACCAUUCUCAGCUUACUGGACGUCGAGCACCCCGCGGGAAAGAUUCUAGUCGAUUUGGCACAACAGCAAGAUAAGGAGGUUGGCGACGGAACGACGUCUGUGGUCAUAAUCGCCGCAGAGCUACUCCGCAGAGCCAACGAACUCAUGAAGAACCGCAUACACCCUACCACGAUUAUCACAGGCUACCGCUUAGCCCUUCGCGAAGCUGUGAAAUAUAUGCACGAGAACAUCAGCGUCAAGGUCGACCAACUGGGCCGCGAAUCGUUGAUCAGCAUUGCCAAAACCUCCAUGUCCAGCAAGAUCAUUGGAUCAGAUUCCGAUUUCUUUGCCAACAUGGUUGUGGAUGCUAUGCAAGCAGUUAAAUCGACCAACAAUAGACAAGAGGUUAAAUACCCAGUAAAGGCAGUCAAUAUUCUUAAGGCACACGGAAAGGGUGCUUUAGAGUCUAUGCUGGUCAAGGGAUAUGCCAUCAACUGCACUGUUGCUUCGCAAGCAAUGAAGACAAGAAUCACCGAUGCCAAGAUUGCAGUUCUUGAUAUGAACCUGCAGAAGGAGCGAAUGAAGUUGGGAGUUCACAUCACAAUCGACGAUCCUCAACAACUGGAGGAGAUCCGAAAGCGCGAGGCAGGAAUCGUCAUGGACCGCGUGGAAAUGAUCUUAAAGUCGGGAGCUAAUGUUAUUUUCACAACCAAGGGUAUCGACGACUUGUGCCUGAAGCUGUUCAUCGAGAAAGGCGCUAUGGGUGUACGAAGAUGCAAGAAGGAGGACUUACGGAGAAUAGCCAAGGCCACUGGUGCCACACUCAUCAGUUCCUUGUCAGAUCUCAACGGCGAUGAGAAAUUUGAAGCUUCGUCUCUGGGUCACGCCGAGGAGGUUACUCAAGUACGGAUCUCGGAUGAUGAGUGCAUUCUCGUCAAGGGCACCAAAGUCCACACCUCCGCAUCCAUCAUUCUCCGAGGAUCGAACGACUACCAACUUGACGAGAUGGAGAGAUCUGUCCACGACUCCCUGUGCGCCGUCAAGCGAACCCUCGAAAGUGGUAGCAUUGUUCCCGGCGGUGGAGCCGUCGAGACCGCCUUGCACAUCUACCUCGAGGAAUUCGCCGGCACCGUCGGAUCCAGAGAACAACUCGCCAUUGGCGAAUUCGCACAAGCCCUCCUCGUAAUUCCAAAAACCCUUGCCGUAAAUGCCGCCAAGGACUCCUCCGAACUUGUUGCCCAACUCCGCUCCCGCCACGCCCUGUCCCAGCGAAUCCAAGAGGGAGACGCAAACGAGGACGAGAAGACCAUCGCCAAAAAGAAGAACUACAAGAACUACGGCUUGGACCUGACGAAGGGGAAGGUCGUGGAUGAGAUCAAGGCGGGUGUAUUGGAGCCGAGCAUGAGCAAGAUCCGGCAGCUGAAGAGUGCGGUGGAAGCGUGCAUCUCGAUCAUGCGUAUUGAUACUUUGAUCAAGCUAGAUAGACCAGAAGCUGGAGGUGAUGAUGAUGGACAUGGUCACUGA